UUGUGACAUUAGUCCGACUAUAUAAACAGAUCAAACUGCACUCCUGAAUGUUAUCACAAAAUGGGAUCCAAAGCUCUGUUCGUCUUUUUGGUGUGUGUCGGUACGGUGUAUGUCGAGGCGGGGCAAAAAUGUCAAGGAACUCCUAGGAUGUACAAUGGUAAGAGGUGUGCCUCGACAACAAACUAUAAUGAUAACCAUAAAGGAGCAUGUGGCUGCGGCCCAGAUAACAACGACAAUCAGUUUGCAUGGAAUCACAAUGGUUUAGUCACUGCCCCAAGCCAACACUUGUACGAUAGUGGAGGAAAAGGGUGGUGCGGUGGUGCGUGUGGAAAAUGUUUUAGACUCACGACAACUGGCGGUUUUGUUGAUGGACAAGGACAACAUGUACCUGAGGGUCAGUCUAAAGUGUUCAUGGCGACCAAUCUGUGUCCAGACGAAUAUCCGAAUCUGAGCUGGUGUAGUCAGCGCUCAUCGAAUGGAUACGUGAACCAGUAUGGCUACGGCGAGCAUUUUGAUCUUGAAAAGGGUAACAAUCAGCUUGGAGAUUGGCAAGGAAAGAACCCGGAGGUCACGUGGGAAUGGAGUGAUUGUAACGGCCCUCACAAUCAAGAUCCCAGAACGCCAAACGACGGAAUGUAUCAUCAGUGUUUCUGUGGAAGGCAUCCAGAUGGUGGAAAGAAAUAAAACACAAACUUUUCAAUGAUCGAAAUGAUGAUA